AUGUUAUAUGUUUCAGUUGCAAUAAAAGUAGAAGUACAGUCUAGACAGUAUAUUCUACACCUUGAAAAAACCCAACUUAAAGUGGCAAGAGGCGAAUAUGUUGAAAUGGCAUUGUCAUUUAUGCUGCCCUCCUAUUUGUCUGGAGUACCAUGUGCUGACAACGAAUAUCUUGAGAUUCGUGAUGGUUAUAAUCAGUCUGCCAAUCUAUUGGGUGUAUUUUGUGGAAGAUACAUUAAGUCUUUAAUCCGCCGAUCCAGCGGACAUCACAUGUGGUUAAGACUUUCACCAUCGGGCAGAUACUUGUUAUUUUACCCUAAUUAUUAUGAGGGAAGAGCAGCAAAUAAAACAGGUAGGUCAUUGAGCGUUCUGUUUUUAUAUGUGUCCUGCUUUCAUUAUUAAGCGGAGAUCACAAGUCCUUUUGAAUUUGUUCUAGUUCCUGCAAAUCUAAGUGAAGUAGCGCAGACUCAGUUUGUACUGCUCAACCAUUCUUCAUCUCUGUGGUGCCCGGCGGAAGGUGGACCGGCUCCUCGCAUUGUCUGGAGAAAGAAUGGCGCUGUUGUGCAAAACAGCACGAGUGUUCGACUGCUAAUCAACGUUACUAAAGAAAAAGGGAUACCAACUACAGCUGCGAGGUGGACAGCCAUGGUCAGGUGA